AUGCUUGUCCAUGGCUCACGUCAGGUUCUCGAUUCAGCUCCGCAGCCGGAUCGCUUUCACUUGCCCCGCUACUCUAUCCUCCCCCCCGCUGGCUUGGCUUUGUUCUCCAUCAGACCGGAGCAUUUCGAACUGGCCAUCACGGCUGUGUAUGACCAGACGAAGACCUUACCAGCUCCGGACUGGGGCGACCUCUCUGAUAACCGACAUGCAAGGGAGUCUAGACUCUUCCGUAUUGAUCGCAUAUCGCUUCUUGAUCAACUUCGCGUAUCUUUGACGAAUCCCCAGCGUGCUAUCCAGCAGCGGGAUAACGCGAAGAAAAAAGUUGCAGAGGCUGCUCGUAUCACAACCGCACCGUGUUUCCCCUUCUAUCCGUUCCAACUUAACAGCCUCUCCUCGGACAGAAUCCCCAACGCGGUCACACAAGCAACGUCCUUCUUUCGUCAGAAGCAUCCCAUCUUUCUCAAUCCCCUUUGA